CCUGACUGGAAUCUCAGGGCACGAGCCACAUUUAAAAUGUGUUGAUGUUUACGUUCUACUCGUCCAUUCUGCUCAGGAGUCUCAACACAUGAGGUUUGGUGUUCAAUGCCAUGGGUUCUAUAGUAAUCAGACAUGUGAAAUUCCUGUCCUUGAUCACUACGAAUGGUUAUUACUGAUUUCCCAAACUGUUUCUCAACCAACUGACAAAAACCUUGCAGUAAUUCACGAGUUUCACCCUUAGAAUGCAUCAAGUAAACCCAUACAGCCCUACUGUAAUCAUCCACAAUAGUCAAGAAGUAACUAUAGCCAUCAUAAGAUUUAACUGACAAGGGGCCCCAGAUAUCAACAUGAAUAAGAAAGAAAGGUUCACAAGCUGUCAUAUCAUUAACUGGAAAAGGAAGUUUGCGUUGUUUAGACAAAUGACAGAUCUCACAAUGGGAAACAGAUUCAUUGUGAGUUACAUUGUGUUGUUUCAUAAGAAGUUGAAAUCUAUCUCUACUGGGGUGACCUAAGCGCCAGUGCCAUAGAUUAAUGUCUUGUGGUUGAAGAUUGUAGGUGGAAGCAGCUUGAUGAUGAGAAGGGCAGGAAACUGAAGUGAAUGGCAAGAGAGUGGAAAGAUCAAGAAGGUAUAAUCCUCUACUUUGUUUUCCCAAACCAAUGCUCUUCUGGGUCUGAAGGUCCUGAAUUUUACAGACAGAAGAGUGGAAGUGCAAAGACAAGGGUAAGUCUGUGGUCAAUUUGCUAAUGAAAAUGAGAUUAAAGGUGAAACUGGGAACAAGCAGGACAUUAUGAAGAGUAAGGCCUGAAGGGAGAAGGACUGUUCCUAUGUGACUCACUAGAACUCGUUGACCAUUAGGCAAAUAAACAAAGGUAUCAAAGAUUUCAGUAUAAGAAGAAAAAUGGUUUAAACAGCAUGUAAUAUGAUCUGAGGCCCCAGUGUCAAGUAUCCAUAUAGUUCUCAAGGCUGAUUUAUCCACAGAACUGUGUGAAGAAAGUACAAACUUACCAGCAUGAUUGGGAAAUGCAGGUAAGAAUUGAGACACAGAAUAAGCUGUAGGGGUAAUCCUUGGUGAGCUACCUGGAGACAAUGGCCCAGUAUCCAUGCCAAAUUGAAGAAGAGAUUUGAGGCGAGUGAUUUCAUCAGAGGAGAGGGCAUUCACACCCUUAGAGGGACUAGAGCUGCCAUCAGAGAUGCUACUAGUACUGUCAGAAGAUGGGGCUGCACUAUCUGUGGAGACAGAACCAGAAAAACCUUCCUUCUCUUGUUCCCUCUUCUUUAACUUCCAGCAGUCUUUGAUAGUGUGAUCUGUUCGUUUGCAAUAUCUGCAAAAGAGUUUCCCUGAUCCAGCCUCUUGCCUCCCUUUAGACCAUGGUAAAGGAAACCGGAUCGUACCGGCAGGUUAAACCGGUAAAACCGGAAAUCCGACCCUGAGCGAUACGAUAGACCAUUGGUAGCAAGAAUAUCGUGCCGGCCGGUUUGUACGGUUAAACCGGCGCAAUGCAAAAAACUGCCCGGUUUUGGUCUAACCGGGGGUAUGCUUCUGGGAAGGGAACGACGCUGUUUUGGCCAAAAAAAAUUGAAAUCGGCCGAAGGCAUGAACCCCCCGUCGCCUGUCGACCAGGAACCCCCCGUCACGGCUGUCGCUCCUCCUCUUCUCCUCCGGCAACCGCCGACCAGCGAUCCUCGAGUGGCGAAGCCACCUGCGCUCCGCCGCUGCUCCUCCUCAGCCAGCGCGCCGCUCCUCUCCGCUCCUCCUCAGUCGGCGAGCCGUCCGCUGCUCCUCUCUGCUCCUCCUCAAGUCAGCCGGUCUGCCUCUCCCUCCCUUGCUCAAGAAGUCGGCGAAUAGCUUAGGUUUAUUCGUUUAGGCCUUAGGGUUGACAGCUGAGUUUGGGCUCCAUUAGGUUCAAUUAGUUGGGCCAGUGCAAAGUCCUUUACUCCUUUUUAUCCGUAGGUUUUCAUGGGCCAAGCUUUAGUUAGUUGUUUUGGGCAAAUCAACAAGAAAGUUUAUAGUUCAAU